AUGUCAGGAGAAAGUUUUCAAGAAAAAAUAUCAAAUUCAGAUAUUAAUUCAUCCGAACAACCAUUAAAUUCUUCAUUUGAAGAAGAAGAAAAAUCAAUUGGAGUUGAAAAAGCUGAAUUAUUAGCUGCAACUUGGGAUAACAAUAUCUAUUAUAAAUUAGUCCUUUUAUUUUCUUCCUUCAUCGUUGGUUAUGGGUAUGGUUUAGAUGGUCAAACCAGAUACGUUUAUACUGGUUAUGCCACUGAAAGUUAUGCUGAACAUUCUUUAUUAAGUACCGUUAAUGUUAUUACUGGGGUUGCUGCUGCUGCCUCUCAACCAGUUUAUGCUAGAUUAAGUGAUGUGUUUGGUAGAAUGGAAUUAUUCAUUGUUUCCGUUGUAUUUUAUGUUGUUGGUACCAUCAUUGAAAGUCAAGCUACUGAUGUACAAAAAUAUGCUGGAGGGGCCAUUUUAUAUCAAAUUGGUUAUUCGGGUGUUAUUUUAGUAUUAUUAUUAAUUCUUUCUGAUUUCUCUUCUUUAAGAUGGAGAUUAUUCUUUACUUUUGUCCCAACUUUCCCAUUCAUUAUUAAUACUUGGAUUUCAGGUAAUGUUACUGCUGCCAUUGGUAUGAAUUGGUCUUGGGGUGUUGGGAUGUGGGCAUUUAUUUUCCCAUUAUGUUGUUUACCAUUACUUGGAUGUAUGAUUCAUAUGAGAUAUUUAGCUGGUAAGACUCCAGAAUGGAAAGUUUUUAAACAACGUAAAACUAAAUAUCAAGAAUUUGGUCCAUUGGGAUUCUUUAAUUAUUUAUUCUGGAAAUUAGAUAUUAUCGGAUUAUUAUUAUUAACCGUUAGUCUUUCAUGUUUAUUAGUUCCAUUAACUUUAGCUGGUGGGGUUAAAGAUACUUGGGAAAAGGCUCAUAUCAUCGUUCCAAUUGUGUUCGGUGUUGUUUUAUUACCAGUAUUUGUGGUUUGGGAAACUUAUGGGGCUAGAUAUCCUUUAGCUCCUUGGAGAUUAUUAGCUGAUAGAGGUAUUUGGUCAGCAUUAAUUAUUUCUUUCUUAUUAGAUUUCAUUUCAUCGAUUGAAAGUUCUUAUCUUUAUACUGUUUUAAUGGUUGCUGUUAAUGAAUCUCAAUUAUCCGCCACUAGAAUCACUUCUAUUAGUUCAUUUGUAUCGGUUAUUGGUGGUGUAUUCUUUGGUCUUGCUAUUGUUAAAUUCAGAAGAUUAAAAGGAUUUAUUGUUCUUGGUUGUUCAUUAUGGUUAGUUGCAUUUGGUAUAAUGUAUUACUAUAGAGGUAAUUUAGAUGCUCAUGCGGGUAUUAUUGGUGGUUUAGUGGUUCUUGGGGUUGGUACUACUUUUUUCUCCUAUCCUAUUAAUGUUAGUGUUCAAAGUUGUGUAACUCAUGAACAUAUGGCUACUGUUUCAUCAUUAGUUUAUACUACUUAUAGAAUUGGUUAUGCAGUUGGAUCAUCAAUUGCUGGUGCCAUUUGGACUCAAAGUUUGUAUACAAGAUUAUUAAAGCAAUUAGGUGAUGUUGAAUUAGCUACUAGUGUUUAUACUCAACCAUAUAUUUUCAUUACAGAAUAUGCAUGGGGUACUCCAGUUAGAGCAGCCGUGGUUCAAGUUUAUCGUGAAAUGCAAAGAAUUUUAAUGAUUGCAUGUAUGUGUUUCACUAUUCCAAUGAUCAUUGCUGCUUUAUUCUUAAGAGAUCAUAAAUUAGGUAAACUGCAAUCCAAUGAUCUUGAAGAAUUAAAAGGUAAUGAAGCCAUUACUGAUUUCUUUAAAAUUAAGAGAAUAGAUAAUUCUAAUGAUGAUGAAAAGAAAGCUAUUGAAGCUUAA